AUGAACGGCGGAGGUGGAGAAGUGGUCCCCAGAACACCCCCCUCCCCCGCAGACCCCCCCUGCUAUCCGACGAACCCCUGCCAGGAGGGGCUCCACGAUGACUGGGAGAAGCGCGACGCAGGCUGCACAGUCACCCCGGGCGCACCCGGACGAUACACCUGCAAGUGCGGCCAGUUCCAGAGCGCGACGUUCGGGCCCGCUCCGUCGACGUGCCUGAAGUGCCCGUCCGCCAACCCGUGUGCGUUCGUCUACGACUGCUCGCAGGGAACUGAAUGCCAGACCUUCUGCGGAGACCAGCGGGGAACGCGUUGUGCAAAAGACGUCUGCGACGGCAACCCGUGCGGUCCUGCUGGCGUAUGCGCCCCCGAGUGGAGCACUCCUUAUCCGUACACCUGCGACUGCCAGAACGGCUUCGUCUCCAACUACGGCACGUGCGUCCCAAGGGAGCCCGCUGACGUCAUCUAA